UUUCAUUUAUACCAUUGAACCAUAAAUAAGAAAUUUCAAUAGCUAGUGGACUUAAGGUCUGCAUGGCUAGGCUUGUCAUGUUAGCCUUUUUAAGUGUUUAUCUUCCACUUCUGUUUCUUGGGGUGGUGCAUGGUGGCAGAAUAACAUCUUGUAGCCAGACACCUUACCCUGGGAUAUGCAAUUCCUUUGUGAGGACUCAACCUCAGGCAACACUAGACAAAACCCAAUUCGCGUUUCGCGAAUCAAACCUCAGGGUCACUCUGAAUCAAGCUGAAAAAGCCUACCGGCUCGUGUCAGCUAUGGACCUGAGGCCAUUCAACAAGCAAGCCAAAUUGGCUUGGGCGGAUUGUUUGGAGCUGUAUGAAGACACAGUUAGCCUGCUUAACCAAUCUCUCAGCUCUCACAGUACUCCAACUGGCAUGGCUGAUGCUCAAACAUGGCUAAGUGCCGCGAUGACAAACCAUCAAACGUGUCAAAAUGGAUUUAUAGAGUUCAACCUAACCUCUCAUUUACAGUUCUUCCCCUUUAUGUUAAGUAGCUUAUCCAAGUUGCUUAGCAAUUCGCUCGCGGUAAACAAGGUUGCAGCACUGUCGGUUAAGCAGAGACAUAACCGGCGAUUGCUGGCCAACGGCUUCCCUGGAUGGGUGUCGGCAGCUGAUAGAAAGCUCCUCCAGUCGUCUGGGGCAGCAUCAUAUGAUGUUGUGGUAGCCCAGGAUGGGACUGGUGACUAUACAACCAUUUCUGAGGCGGUGUCAGCGUCGGCCACACUAAGGACAGGGACUGAUCGAUUUGUUAUAUAUGUGAAAGCAGGUAUUUACAGAGAGAACGUUAUGAUAGAGAAGUCAAUGAAGAAUUUGAUGGUCAUAGGAGAUGGAAUUGGCUCAACCAUUGUUACUGGCAAUACCAAUUCUAACGGUGCAACCACUUUUCGCACAGCGACUUUUGCUGUUUGGGGCAACAACUUCAUUGCUCGAGACAUGACGGUCAAAAACACGGCCGGACCUGAAAAUUAUCAAGCCGUUGCACUCCGUUCCGGCUCAGAUUUCUCAGUUUUCUACAGAUGCAGCUUCAUUGGCUACCAAGACACCUUAUAUGCCUACUCUCAGCGCCAAUUCUACCGUGACUGUGAGAUUUACGGAACAAUUGACUUCAUUUUCGGGAAUGCAGUGACAGUUCUUCAGAACUGCAACAUAUUCGUGAGAAAACCUUUGAGCAAUCAGAAAAACACCAUCACAGCCCAAGGAAGGACUGAUCCCAAUCAGAACACCGGAAUUGUGGUACACAAUUCACGUGUCACCGCCGCGUCGGAUUUGAAACCGGUCCAAAGCUCCUUCAAGAGCUACCUGGGGAGGCCGUACAAGAUGUACUCGAGGACAGUGUUCAUGAAGUCUUCUCUAGACAGCCUGAUCGAUCCGGCGGGUUGGCUUCCAUUUAAUGGAGACUUUGCCUUGAGUACACUUUACUACGGGGAGUACAUGAACACCGGAGCUGGUGCAGGUACUAGUGGUAGGGUGACGUGGCCGGGAUACCAUGUGAUAACAAGUGCAACGGAGGCCGCAAAAUUCACUGUUGGGAACUUCUUGGACGGAGAUUCAUGGAUUCCGGGGACCGGAGUGCCCUUCAGUUCUACCCUGUGAUGUAUAUAUAGAUGCAUGUUGUUUUCAGUAUGCAAAGUGGAUUGGUCAAAUCCUUUACAAUAAUGCAAGUGUCGUAUAAAUAAAGUUUGUGUUGGAUUUGAUUGAAGGAAAAUAAAAUAAAUUUAUAUAAAUUAAUGUUAUUAUAAUA